UCCCCCUAUUAUCAGUCAAACAGGGUGUAUUAACGCUAAACAGCUAAAUUCCUACGUGUACGUGAUUAAGAAAAAUAGGAAAUAAAAUAAGAAAUUUCGAUGGCAAAAGAAGUUUGCACAACCAUUAGACUCGGCUAAAAUUCCAGCAUUUAAAUUCGAUCAGUUGUGAAUCAAUUCAGCAACAACAGCAGGCGCAGCCCAGCCCCUAACAUAAAAGGAAAGGCAGCGGCAAAUAGAGAGGAGUAAAGGGGAAGUGUAGUCAAAAUUAACAUCUUUCUAGAGUCCAUCAGCCAGCUGGCUGCCUUCGCUACCAACAGUGACAACAUGCAGUUGCUAAUCUCAAGCGUCUGCAUGGCCCUAACCAGCGCUGUGAUUGGCAAUGCAUAUUUCCAAAAGCAGCAAUUCUAUCCGGCGGUGGUCUACAUCACCAAAUCGAAUGCAUCUAUGGCAGUCAUCUAUAUACAGUUCUUUGUGAUUGUCUUUAUGCUUGGAAAGCUUUUGCGCAAGAUAUUCCUAGGUACUUUGCGUGCCGCCGAAUUCGAACACCUGCUUGAACGUUUCUGGUAUGCCUUAACGGAGACGUGUCUAGCAUUCACUGUAUUUCGCGAUGACUUCAAUCCUCGAUUUGUGGCUCUGUUUACAGUGCUGCUAUUUCUCAAAUCAUUCCAUUGGCUCGCCGAAGAGCGAGUGGACUUUAUGGAACGUUCUCCUGUCCUAGGCUGGCUGUUCCACAUACGCGUCGGAAGCCUCCUGACCAUGCUGGGCAUUCUCGACUAUGUUAUGCUCAUGCAUGCCUAUAACUCUACACUUGUACGCGGACCCACAGUGCAGUUAGUGUUUGGGUUUGAAUAUGCCAUCCUGUUGACAGUCAUCGCCAGCACUGCAAUUAAAUAUGUCCUGCAUGCUGCCGAGAUGCGCACGGAUACGCCCUGGGAAAAUAAAGCCGUAUUCCUGCUCUACACCGAGUUGGUUAUUGGCCUCAUUAAGGUUGUGCUCUAUGUAUUGUUUGUGCUCAUAAUGGCGAAAAUCUAUGCCUUACCUAUGUUCGUAUUCCGACCAAUGUUCUUCACGAUACGCAAUUUCCGCAAGGCCCUGAACGAUGUAAUCAUGUCCAGACGCGCCAUACGCAAUAUGAACACAUUAUAUCCGGAUGCCACGCCCGAGGAGCUUCGCCAGUCGGACAACAUUUGCAUCAUUUGUCGCGAGGAUAUGGUCAACCAUUCGAAAAAAUUACCAUGUGGACAUAUAUUUCAUACGACUUGCCUACGCUCGUGGUUCCAGCGCCAGCAGACUUGUCCUACAUGUCGUCUCAAUAUUUUACGAACUCCGGCUAUCAAUUCAACUGCUAUGCCCCGACCAGCGGACGAUCCUGCUGCUGCUGUAGCAGCCAAUCAGGCACCCGUGGGUGCUGCAGCCGCAGCCCCAGCAGCUGUGCCAGCGGAUGACGGUCAAGCCAAUGGACCAUUAGCAGUAGCCAAUAUUCCUGCACCAAGUUUUGCUGAUCUUUUUGGCGAUGCCAACGGCUUGCCUAAUUUGAAUGCGUUUCAACCAAUACCUCCACCGCCCAUGCCUAUGCUAUCAGCGUUCAUGAUGCCUCCACAGUUUCAAUAUUUCACACCGCCUGUGCCCCCACCACCAGUGCCACUAGACCUGAGCAAAUUCACCGAUGAGGAAUUGCGCGCUUUGGAAGGGCAACAAAGGCAGCAUAUUGAGCAACGACUUAAACUGCUGGCCAAUAUAACUCUCAUGAUGGACUCUGUAGGCAUGUUAAUGAAUCAGUAUCAAAAUAUGACGGCUCGCCUGCAGCUAACACCAGUGCCAACAGUUGCUACUACGGGAGUUUCGUCAGCAUCCACAGAUUCGGAAGGUGCCACAGCCAGCCCUUCACCAGCGGCACCAGUGCAAGCACCAGUCUACGAUAAACCCAGCACAUCGACGGCUGCGGCAGCUGCGUAUACGGCUCAUCAAAUUAACGCAGCUCCGACUGUGAUCACCACAGCAAAUGCCGGCCAAGGGGAAAAAGUUACUAUUGAGGAUUUGGGCGCCGAGGAGGAUGACGUCCCAUCGACAGCCACAGGGGCAGUCAGCCUCCUAAACACUUCGGAUGCAGAUAAUGGCGAUGAGGAAUCGUCGGAGCUGAAUGUGUUGCGAAAGCGACGUUUGAAAUUCUUAGAUGAGCGCAACAAGCCACAAGCAGAUUCAACAACCACGUCGACAUACCCAGAUUAGAUUCAAAUUCCAGGGGUAACCGGAAUAUUUUAUUUUGUUUACUCCUUUUGACUUUUGUUAAUUUAUAUGGUUUAUGUUUUGCAUACACGGAUAGGCACAUAAACGCAUAGAUACAUAUAAUUUAUUAUGUAAUAUGUGGUCAUGGAAUGGCAUAUGAAACGAAGGAUCUGACUAGCGCCGUGUGCAAAUUGUAAAAAAAAAAGAAAACAAAUGGUAUAGAACACUAUUUUAGAUAUGGGAAAAAAACUGAUGAUUUGUAUUUAAUAUUAUUUUAUGUGUAUAAUUAAUGUGAAAUAUAAAACUAUACACCAAUUUUCAAA